GGCUCCGCCCCGCAGAGGGAGCCAGCGCUCGCGGGCCGGGGCGGCGGGUUCGGCUGCGCGGCGGGGCUGAGGCGGCGGCGGCGGGCCGGAGCGCAGGAAGCAAAGCCCUGGGGCCGGAACCUGGCUGGGGACAAGAUCUCACACACAGGAUAGAAAUCAGUGCUUCCUGGGAAACACAUACAGCUCUCUGGGCGCCGGGCCCCGCUGAUGGCCGACGAUGUCCACCACUAACAACGUGGCGCAGGCCCGGAAGCUGGUGGAGCAGCUGCGCAUUGAAGCCGGGAUCGAGCGAAUCAAGGUGUCCAAGGCCUCCUCAGAGCUGAUGAGUUACUGCGAGCAGCACGCACGGAGCGACCCCUUGCUGGUUGGCGUCCCCGCCUCAGAGAACCCCUUUAAGGACAAGAAGCCGUGCAUCAUCCUGUAGCGCCGCUGUCCCCCCUCCCCAUCUCUGUCUCUGUCUCUGUCUCCUCCUGCCAUAAGGGACCCUCGGAAACGGCACAGCCAACACACCUCGGGCCCUGAGCCUUGGAUCCCUAAAGAAAUGCCCGUGGUCCCCGGCUGCCUCAAGGGGGCCAACGCUGUGCACCUCAUGGGGCCGGGUUUUCCGACACAGCCCAACAGCCCCCCUGAGGGGCUCCCCAAAACAGGAACGGUGGCUUCCAAGCCCCCUCCCAGUGGGAACAAGCAGGUGGCCCACGCGCCGUGGCUGUGGUGACGGGGUUGUGACACCUCCACGGCCCGGCCCGGAGGAUGGUGGGUAGGGGGUGGGCCAGGGGCAGAAACAGGGUCUCCUUACCGCCGGCCAGGGGCCAGCUCCCUCUGGACCGGCCGCCCGGGACCCAGCCACACAGGGCAGCUGGGAUCCUUUUUAUUUUGUAAGCAGAGCAACUGGGGGUGCAGGGUUGGCACCCCCAGGGGGAGAAAAAAUAUCUCUCCAUUUAAAUAACCGUUACGUCUCCCCACGGAAGCCGGGCCAGGUGACACAGAAAUGUCACCCUCUCAGCGACCCUGGUCACCCCACAGCCACGCCCUCCUUGUGACACAUCACAGAAAUGGAUUUUCAGGAUUUAGCCGAACGUGGUGGUGCAGGCCUGUCAUCCCAGCACUGUGGGGAGGCUGAGGCAGGAGGAUCGCUGCGAGUUCGAGGCCAGCCUGGACCUACCCGGGUGUGGGCACUGGGGGUCCGGGCGGGAGGCGGACACAGUGGGGAGGGAACCCGGGGUUCCCACACGGAGCUCCAUCGCCAGCCCUUUUUAUCUUUUGAGACAGGAUUUUGCUAAAUUACCCAGGCCGGCCCCCAACUCGAAACCCUCCUGCCUCAGCCUCCCAGAGUGCUGGGAGACAGGCGUGCGCCCCACGUCUGGCCAAAGGCUGCUGAGUUGUCUCACAGUGACCACGAAGGACGUUCUGAGGCAGGGUCCUUGGUCCCAGACGUGACAGCAGCAGCUGUUUCGUGCUUGCCACCGUAUCAGUGGUCCUCCAUUGAGCCCGUGGGGUGUGGGCCCUUCACUGUGAGGACCGGAGCGGGAUCUGCUAGGCUUAGGGUCCCCCCGUCACUCCUCCCACUAGCCCGGUGACGUUAAGAUGUCACGGGUAGGGACAGGCCACCCUGCCCUGGGCCCUGGAGUCACAGGGUUCAAGCCGGCAGCCGGCAGUGGAAUGACACUUGAUGUCAGAAUCCAGGGCUGCGGCCAGGACAGUCCCCGGACGGUUGCUCAGGUCGCCCACACUGCCAGCCAGGUGGAGCCGGCAGCCUCAGUGGCUUCCCCAGCACGACUAGGCCAGCAGGGUCCCCAGUGGGCCGGGGCCCGGGGAGGACACAGGCCAGAGUGGGGGUGGCACCAGGGCUGCCCUGGCCCCUUCUGGGGGCUCCGGAGGGCCUCUCCAGGCACUGCUCUCCACGGCUGGUCCGGGAGGGCCAGGGGCUGUGGGGAGCCCAGCUGUGCCCAGAGAGGCGUGAAAUCACCCCAAACACAGGAGCCUGGCAGGCAGGGUGCCGGGGCCUGGGGAGGGAGACCGGCCUGAUAUCCCUCUCCGAGGGACCACGCUGGUCCCCAGCUGUCUUUCAAAGAAGCCUUAAUCCUCCGAGUGGGUGUCACACCCCCAACCCCGCACCCCACGGCCCCGCCAGGACCGGGGAGGCGGAGACACAGACGUGCCAAGCCCGGCCCACGGCCCGGCGUCCCCGUGCCCACCAGUGUCACCCAGGAAGCCACCGUACCCAGAGAGGGACCCGUGCAGGACUCAGGGACCCCAGGGUCUGUGCAUGCUGGGUAAACUGAGGCAGGUGGGGAAAAACAGGCUGGCCUCCCUGACCAGGACCAGAUGGCCACAGCCUUGGGCCCUGGGGGUGGUCCAGGGCAGGACCCACGAGUUUCUCUCUAAACUUAGAAAAGGGAAAAACUCGGUACCCCAGCACCCACCCCACACGGACAGAGGGCUCCCCCUCUUUUAGGUUUCUUCACUUCUCUGUGGCUCGGUGGAGCCCAGGGCCUGGGCGUGGAGCCGCUUCUCCUUGUUUGAUUGCUGUAAUUCUAUUUAUUUUGAGGUAAAACCUCACCGGUCACUAAACUGCCCACGCUGGACCUCACCCUCCUGCCUCGGCCUCCCCAAGAGCUAAAAUGAGAGCUGGGUGCCCCCCCGGCCUGUCCUGGUCUCCGGGCGCUGCCCCAGGAGGAGGCAGGCAGUGGGGCCACCGCAGCUGCCCGCGCCCCCUGCUGACCCCGUCUGGCCCAGGCCGGCCAGCCCACACCCGUCCCCACCCUCACACUGCAAACUUGGGGGGCAGCAGGCCCAGGACACAGUGGCUCUGUGUGACCCACAGCCCGCUGUGCGCCUCGUCACCCAGGACCGGGCCUGCCUGAAGCCACCUAAGCGCCCUGCCCUUGAGGACCGCGGUCCCCACCAGCCGGCCAGCGGCAGGUCCCUGCAGAAGCCAUAGGACGACAACAUGGGGGACCUCCGUCCACGGUCACCGCUGCCAACGCCCUCACCCAGCCGGGGUCCCCGUUUCCGGUGGCGACUGCCACGCCCUCCCGCACUGGCCCCCGUGUCUCCUCCUCCCCAGCCAGCGCUUCCCGCCCGGGUCAGCUGUGACCUCGCCAGUCACACACAGUAAAACGCACACUUUUCCUUUC